CACCGACUGCUGGAUCAGAGGAAACAGUUAUUUCCCUAGAAGCCCAUCAUACAACUGUUCCUAUUUCCUACUGUCAUGGAGAAGAAUAUAAAACGAAGAAGCACAUGAUACUAAAGCUUUCUACAUACAUCUUAAGGAUCUCUCUUAAAGAAUUGCUGUAGGACUAAUACUGAUUAUAAUUUGCCUUAGGCAUAAUGUGGUGAAACAGAGGAACAGAAGUUGCCCCUCUUUGUGCCAACUAAGGAAUUACAAUGUUUAUUUUGUGAGCUAAAACAGUUUUGCAGUGAACUGAGCAUCUGAAAAUGCGGCCAUGGACUGGUUCCUGGCGUUGGAUUAUGCUCAUCCUCUUUGCCUGGGGGACUUUGCUAUUUUAUAUAGGCGGACACUUGGUACGAGACAAUGAACACCCAGAUCACUCCAGCCGUGAACUAUCCAAGAUACUUGCGAAGCUUGAACGUUUAAAACAGCAAAAUGAAGACUUAAGGCGAAUGGCAGAGUCUCUCAGGAUACCGGAUGGUCCCAUUGAUCAGGGGCCAGCUGCAGGAAGAGUACAUGCUUUAGAAGAGCAGCUUUUAAAGGCCAAAGAACAGAUAGAAAGCUAUAAGAAGCGAACAGGAGAUGCAGGCAUGGGGAAAGACCAUGAAAUAUUGAGAAGAAGGAUUGAAAAUGGAGCCAAGGAACUUUGGUUUUUUCUUCAGAGUGAAUUGAAGAAGUUGAAAAAUUUGGAAGGAAGUGAACUCCAAAGACAUGUUGAUGAAUUUCUGUCUGAUCUGGGUCACCAGGAAAGGUCGAUAAUGACAGAUCUGUACUACCUCAGUCAAACAGAUGGAGCAGGUGAUUGGCGAGAAAAAGAGGCCAAAGAUCUGACAGAGCUGGUACAGAGGAGAAUAACGUACCUUCAGAACCCCAAGGAUUGCAGCAAAGCCAAGAAACUUGUGUGUAAUAUCAACAAAGGCUGUGGCUAUGGCUGUCAACUUCAUCAUGUUGUCUACUGCUUCAUGAUUGCAUAUGGAACACAACGAACACUCAUUUUGGAGUCUCAGAAUUGGCGCUAUGCUACUGGUGGCUGGGAGACUGUCUUUAGACCUGUAAGUGAGACAUGCACAGACAGAUCAGGCACUACCACUGGGCACUGGUCAGGUGAGGCAAAUGAUAAGAAUGUUCAGGUGGUGGAACUUCCCAUCGUUGACAGCCUACACCCACGACCACCUUAUUUGCCAUUGGGUGUCCCAGAAGACCUGGCUGAUAGACUAAUUCGUGUCCAUGGGGAUCCUGCGGUGUGGUGGGUCUCGCAGUUUGUCAAAUAUUUGAUUCGCCCACAACCAUGGCUAGAAAAGGAAAUCGAAGAAGCAACAAGGAAACUUGGUUUCAAACAUCCAGUUAUUGGUGUUCAUGUCCGAAGGACAGACAAAGUGGGAACGGAGGCAGCAUUUCAUCCCAUUGAAGAGUACAUGGUACAUGUUGAAGAACGUUUCCAGCUUCUUGCCCGCAGAAUGCAUAUAGACAAAAAACGAGUUUAUUUGGCUACGGAUGACCCUUCGCUACUACAAGAGGCAAAAUCGAAAUAUCCAAAUUAUGAAUUUAUCAGUGAUAACUCCAUAUCUUGGUCAGCUGGACUACAUAAUCGAUACACUGAAAACUCACUGCGGGGUGUUAUUCUGGAUAUUCACUUUCUGUCUCAGGCAGACUUCCUGGUCUGUACAUUUUCCUCACAGGUUUGUCGAGUUGCCUAUGAAAUCAUGCAGACUUUGCAUCCAGAUGCUUCAGCACAUUUCCACUCUUUGGAUGAUAUCUACUAUUUUGGAGGACAAAAUGCACACAACCAGAUUGCCAUUUAUGCCCACCAUCCACGAACUGCUGAUGAAAUCCCCAUGGAAGCUGAAGAUAUAAUUGGUGUGGCUGGAAACCAUUGGGAUGGUUACUCUAAAGGCAUCAAUAGGAAAUUAGGGAGAACAGGCCUGUACCCAUCUUACAAAGUAAAGGAGAAAAUCGAAACAGUCAAGUACCCUACAUACCCAGAGGCUGACAAAUAGAACAAAAGAAGGAGGGUUGUCACUCACUCUUAAUUCUAAUUUGUUUGAACCAACCAACAUACAGAAGGCUUAUAUGGGAUUUGAAUUCACAUUUUAACAUGUAGUUAAAAUGAAAGCCUUUAGCAUUCAGAUUGAAUAAGAAGCUUGGAGCAAAUGGACAGGCCAUUAUUUGAACUUCGUGUUGAACUUUUUUUUUUUAAUAUGCACACUCACACAUGCGCGUGCACACAUCCUCCCAGGACAACUGUUAUUUUAUACUAUUUGUCUCUUUCAAGGUUUGUCCCUAUCAUUAGUCAUGCGUGAGCUUUGUGCUCUCUUCUUUGCCAUUAAUUGACUAUAAUACUCAGACUUACAACACUGCCAUAUUGUGUAAUUUGAGCGACAUUGAACAUAUUUUGUAUGUAUGGAAUUUACAACAUGGUGCCUAUAUUUGAAAGAUCUGUGACCUUUUCAGAAGAGCCAUGCCCAGUUCCACUGAUAGGCAAGAAUUGAUCUUUAACUGGUCUUGUCACGAGCGGUGAACUUGCUCCAACCAACAGAUUCAAAAAUCAAACUAGGUCUUUUUUCUUUACAGGAGACAUUUAAAAGAAACAAUUCCAUUGAUUUGCCCACCUCAUUAAUAAUAAAGGAUACAUCCAAACAAUAAAAUAUUCAUUGUCUGUUAGGAACUUUUGUAAACAAUGCCAUGAACAGAUUCUUUAGUACUGUAUGUUUCUGGACAUUGUCUUUGAUAACAAAAAAUAAAUUUAAAAAAUGCGUAGCUGGAGUUUUAUAUAUUUUUAAAUACUCAUCGCUCAGUUGAAUAACUGCCAAUGGGUCACUGUUUCUCAAGGACUUCUACGGAGAAUGGAUUUCAGCAGAAAGGCUUCAGUGGUUCAGAAUUUCUUGUUGAUAUCUUUUUCUCCAAGUCUCCAACACUCCAUCUUAUGUAUUUCUCUUCUGAAAUAUAAAGUUCUGUUUGGAAAUUAUAAACAUUAAUUUAUUAUUUUGGCAUUGAAUGCAAUCACUUUGAAAUGUAAGUAAAAUAUGACAUAUUGCUUAUAGUACUUGUCAGCAAAUAUAUUAUUUCAAAAGGUUAGGCUCCUCCGUAUCUACUCAGAGCCAGACUUCCCUUUUGCUCUAGUGUGUUUGAGAGAAAUCCUAAAGCUAAUGGGUUUGUGGAAUUAAGCUGGCCUGUUCUCAUUUAACAGUUCUUUAUUUUGGAGCCACAGAAUAAAUUCUAUGUUAGGCAGUUUCCUAGAUGAUUAUGAUAGUCUCCCCAUUAAUUUAGCAAAAUUUCUGGCCUGGUUUUUCACAUGCACAGUCUGAGGCUAAAGGAGAAGUUUUUUACUGAAAUUUGAGGGAGAUGAACAAAGCCAUGUGGAAUUACAAGACGGAAGAAUUGUUAGUUUUUGAAUUUUUCAGAAAUAACUCCUUUGUCUUUUGAUCUC